CAAACUUAUACACAAGAACAGUACUGCUUCAUUUAAUGAAACACAGCUUUACAAAUCUUCUCUGCAGAUCAACCAGGGAAGGAAACAGCAGGUUUGAUUAGUCGCUGUGUGCAUGUGGCCCCGUGCAGCCCGCCCCUCACCGUGCCAUCAUUAGACGCUCAUUCCUCCAGUCACGCUGCAACUGCGCCUCUCUGCUCCAUCACAUCACAUCCACCUCUCGCACUGUGCAGUCUGUGUUUCCUGAAACAGCGCUGCCGCCGAACCUCACAUCAUCCUGCUGAGAAAACACAUCAGGCACACCAGGAAGCUGAAAGCGCUGGGAUCUGCUUCACUUCACUUCACAGCAGCAUAGAGCAGAAUCUCUCCUCAUUCAAUGGGUCCGCGUAUUGUGCUGCUCUGCUCCAUGUUUGGACUCCUGCUUGGCCAAGGAGCAGAGCAGAUCUCGAUAGAGGAUUGCUGUAAGGAUGGACAGAAGCGAGGCAAUGAUAACGAAGACUGUGCAUCCCUCCCUCUCAUCUCUGCUUCAAACACAUGCAGGAUAGUGCAGGAGCAGUGCUGUGUGGCAGUGCUCGAGGACAACAUGUGCACCACUGGUAUCAAUGUGGCCAAAGACCAAGGAACCUGUGACUCUUUAUUCAGCAGCACCUGCGAGACCAAGACGACAAAGAUGUGCUGUGGCUGUUGUCUUCUGGGGAAGACGACCCAGGAGCAGGGCCUACUGUGUGAUUCCAGCCUGUCUGUGGGCUACCAGUGCAGCCUGGUGUCUCGGGCCUGCUGCAAUGAGGGAACCCCAGAUAACCAGACAACACCAACAGCACAAACAAAGUCAUCAAACAAGGAUGCAACCACUGAAAAUGGAGAUAAUUCAGUAUUAACUGACCAGUGUGAUGGGAAAUGUGCUCAUCUCUGUGUCGGUAACAACACCUGUGCCUGCUUGAAAGGCUACAAACUCAAACCAGAUGGGAAGAGCUGUGAGGAUAUAAACGAGUGUCUUCUGGGAGCCAGUAACUGUCGGGGAGGACAGCGAUGCAUCAACACAGAGGGCUCAUUCCGGUGCCAGAGAGAGGUCAGCUGUGGAACUGGCUACGAACUCACUGACAACAACAACUGCAAGGAUAUUGAUGAGUGCGAGGCUGGUAUCCAUAACUGUGGCAAGGAGUUUGAGUGCCAAAACACCCAGGGGUCGUUCCGUUGUGUUCCCACGGUCAAGUGUGGGGUUGGCUACAUCCAGGAUGCCCUGGGCCACUGCAUUGAUAUCAAUGAAUGUGUUAGCCACACCGGUCCAUGCCAAAGAGGACAGGUCUGUAUCAACACAGGCGGCUCCUACAUCUGCCAGAGGAACUCUGUGAACUGUGGUCGAGGGUACCACCUUAACGAAGAGGGCACACGCUGUGUUGACAUAGAUGAGUGUAAGGACCCUGAGAAGGUCUGUGUAGGUCAUGGUUGUAUCAACCUGGUGGGAUCGUACCGCUGUGACUGUGAGAGUGGCUACAUCUUCAACAGCAUCAGCCGCACAUGCGAGGAUAUUAAUGAAUGCAGGCACUACCCAGGCCGCCUGUGUGCUCACAAGUGUGAGAAUAGUCUGGGGUCCUACAAGUGCAGCUGCACGACAGGGUUCAAGCUCGCCGCUGACGGCAGGAAUUGUGACGAUCUGAAUGAAUGUGAGAGCAACCCAUGCAGUCAAGAAUGUGCCAACGUGUAUGGCUCGUACCAGUGUUACUGUCGCCGUGGAUACCAGCUCAGUGACAUCGAUGGCGUAACUUGUGAAGACAUUGAUGAGUGCGCUCUGCCCACUGGAGGUCAUAUCUGCUCCUAUCGGUGUCACAACACACCCGGCAGCUUCCACUGUUCCUGUCCCGUCACUGGCUACACCCUGGCACUCAAUGGACGCAGCUGUCAGGAUAUUGACGAAUGCGCGGUGGGAUCUCACACAUGCGCGGAGAACCAGAGCUGCUUUAAUGUGCAGGGAGGAUUCAGAUGCUUGUCCUUCGAGUGUCCAAACAACUACCGGCGCUCUGGAGAAACUCGAUGUGAACGCUUGCUUUGCAAUGAGUCUGUCGAGUGCCUGGCCAUGCCGUUGAGAAUAACGUACUACUACCUCACGUUCCCCACCAACAUUCCUGUCUUCACCAACAUCUUCCGCAUGGGCCCCUCUCCCACUUUGCCUGGCGACGACAUCCAGAUUGCUAUCACUGCUGGCAACGAGGACAGUUACUUCAAGACGGAGCAGGUGCCCACCGGCGGCGUAAUGUCGGUGGCGAAGCUCAUCAAUAAGCCACAGGACUUUGAUCUGUCCCUGGAGCUGAGGCUACGCCGUAACGGCAUGUUCAGCAUGUACCUGGCUAAAGUGCUGGUGUUUGUUACCCAGGAGGAGCCCAGAGUACCUUACAACCCCUUACUUGAGUAGACAUGAGUGUUAAACCGGGAUACACCAGCUACUACACUCUUUAAAAAGAUGUGUCAUUUUUAAAUGGAUUGUCUCAUGGAAAAUGAACAAUGGUGUAUUGAUAGCAUAGCACAGUGAUGCAGUCUAGACUGUAUUGUAACAUAUAAUUGAUUACAGACAUUUACUGUAUGCAGUUAAAUAUAAAACAUGAUUUCCAAUCAGUGAUAAGUAAAAACCUCUAUAAUCAAACAUCAUUUGAUUCUCUCAUUCAUGGAUUAAUUCCAUUUCAAUCAGACAAUUAUUGCAGCAGCAGAACAUAGCGUUUGGCAUCAAGGCUCCGACCUCAUCAUUCACCAUAUAUGAUGACAUAGAUAUAAUGGAUAAGCAAAUAGGGGGCUGAAUCGACAGGCAGUGAUACUGACACAGGGCUGCAGAGCCAUUGAAAAGCAAAGGGAGAGAUGGGAAAUCUUUACAUCUUAAAUAGACCUUGAAUUUGGGAGGGUGUGUCCGAGAGAUUAAAAAAACAACAUUCUCUUAUGACAGCAGCUGGCUAACUUAGCUUAGCAUGAAGACUGGAAACAAUGAACUAUAUCCCCCUCCCAGCUCCUCUAGAGCUCUCUGAAGAACAUAUCUCAUUUUAUCUUUCCAAAAACCAAAUGGUGAAACGAACAUCUGUAAUGUUCUUUGGAUCUGUGGUUUGGGGUGUUUGUUUGUCUGACCAUUUCUUAAAUGUGUACAGUGACUUCUGUCCUCAAAGCUAAUUUUUAGACAAA